GGCAAAUGACAAAGACAUAUGCUAAAUCCACCGGUCAACAAGUAAAAGAGAAAAGGGCGAUAGAGCACAUCUACAAGUUAUGUUGGCUAUAAAUAAUUGAUUGCAAAAGAUCCAUUUCCUUUAUCCUUAAGACUAGUAGCUUUUUCAUCUUCUUGUUGUCUUCCAUUAAUCCAUGGAAAAUCCAAUGCCACAAACACAUGCAGUAAUAGUAUCUAGCCCCGGCGUUGGCCACCUUGUCCGCGACCUUGAGCUAGGCAAUCACCUCGUUGUCGAUCACAACCUCCACGUCACCUUCUUUGUGGUAGUUGAAUCUCAUUCCUCAGCCGGCGAAUCCGAGCUCGUCGAAUCAGCCAGGACUCGGAAACUCCUAAACCUCAUCGAAUUACCUCCCGUGGACAUCUCCAGCAAAGUCGAACCCAAUGCUCGGAAAUUCACAAGGUUGACGGCCAUCAUGCGCGAAAUCUGUCCCACUCUCAGGUCCUCCAUCUCAGCCAUGAAGCUUAGCCCGACCGCCCUCUUCGUCGACAUUUUCGGAACACCGGUACUGGAUGUGGCUGAUGAAUUUCACAUGUUAAAGUACGUUUUUGUUUCCUCUGCAUGGCCACUUGCGUUAAUGUUAUAUGCUCCUGUCCUUGACAAGGAAGUAGAUGGAGAAUACGUUGUUCGAAAGGAACAACUCAGGUUGCCUGGUUGCAUGUCGGUUCGACCCGAUGAUGUGGUUGAUCCGUUGUUGGACCGGACCAAGCUGGAAUACCGUGUGUUCUUACAAGUUGGGUUAGAGAUGCGUCAGAGUGAUGGGGUUUUGGUGAACUCGUGGGAAGAUUUGGACACCACAACGCUUAAAGCAAUGAGAGAACAAGAAGGUUACGGCUCAGUGCCGGUUUACGCGGUCGGACCUUUGAUUAGACCGGUUAAACCGUCAGGUUCGAAGAGCGAGUUGUUGGACUGGCUGGAUGACCAACCGGUUGAGUCGGUAGUUUACAUAUCGUUUGGGAGUGCUGGGGUUCUCUCAGCCCAGCAAAUCACCGAGCUUGCUUGGGGUCUAGAGCUUAGCCAACAGAGAUUUAUUUGGGUGCUACGCCCACCCAGCAAAGACAAAGGCAGUAACGCUUUAGAUUACUUGCCUGAUGGCUUUUUGGAACGGACCCAAAAUUUGGGACGAGUGGUCACGCAGUGGGCGCCACAAUCGGAAAUUCUGGGCCAUAUUUCAAUAGGGGGUUUCUUAUCACACUGUGGGUGGAACUCAUCGCUGGAGAGUAUUCUAAAUGGUGUGCCAAUGAUAGCAUGGCCUCUAUAUGCAGAGCAGAAAAUGAAUGCAACGAUGCUAGCUGAGGAGUUAGGAGUGGCUGUGCGUCCCAAAAUUGCACCAACUAAAGGAAUAAUCGGAAGGGAGGAGAUUGAAAUGAUGGUAAGGAAAGUAAUGGAAGGUCAAGAUGGGAAGGCAAUGAGGGCUAGAGUUAAGGAACUAAAAAACAGUGGGGGAAAGGCUUUGACUGAAGGUGGUUCUUCUUUCAAUGCGUUGUCUCAUCUAGCAAAGCAACGCGAGAGAUGAACUUGCAGCGACGGCCAGAAAGUGAAGUAGGCUGUAUGAGGCCCCAGUAAAUACCGUAUUAAAAACUAUUAAGGGUGAGUAAUUGUCUAUGUUGCUUAAAAAGUGUGUGUUGUGUGUAUAAUAACCAUGGUUUUAAAAAUCCUACCGGAGUAAAAUCAAAUUUGGCUCUAGUUCACAAUU